AUGUCUACUCAUCUCGAACCCUUGGAGAUCCUGAUUCUAGGUGCUGGUAUCGCUGGUCUGACCACCGCUCUCUCCCUCACCAAGUUCACUUCUCCUCCGCCAGACAUCACCAUCUUUGAAUUGCGUCCUGAGCCUGCCACAAUCGGAGGCGCCGUAAAUCUCACCCCAAAUGCUCUCCGUUUACUCUCACAUCUAGGCGCCUUGGAUGAGAUCCGCGCCAAGCAGUAUGGCGCCGAAUGUCUCGCAGUCGAGGUCUUCGACUUGUACACAAACAAGAAGAUUGCCGAAAGUAGUUUUCGCGGACCUGACGGCAAGGGACUAGGAACACCACCAUUUACUGCGUUGAGGAUCACAAGAGGAGAGGCACUAAAAGGCGUGUUAGAAGCAGUAGGAAAAUGUUCCAAUAUCCGGAUCGAGUGCGGGAAGAAGACUACCACCAUCAAUGAGGACAAUGAAGGCGUUACCUUGACCUUCGAAGACGGUACUCCAGCGCAUGGCGACAUCCUCGUAGGCUGCGACGGCAUCCACUCCGUCGCGCGCCUCAAGCACGUCGAACCCGCCCGGAAAAGCCAAUACUCAGGCAUCUGCAACGCCUUUGGCUUCUCCGCGCGGCGCCUCGACAAAACCACUGGUCUCUACGAGCCCACGCAUUUUGAAGUCUCGGGCAUGAACUUCGGCCGCAGAGGCAUGCUGCUAACAUCCUUCCACAACGCUGCCCACAACUCGAUAUACGUGGGCGCGCUGAUGCAAGUCCCCGAAAUUGAAAGUCGCGAUGGGUGGAAAGCGGCGGGUAAAGAUGCGCAGAGGAUUCGGGAGGAUAUGUUGGAGAGGUAUAGUGGUGCGGCGAAUCCUCUCAUUGAGAGAGUUAUUGAGGAUGCGGAGGACUUAUACCUCUGGCCUGUCUUCACGCUUUCAAAAGGCGGAAAAUGGUCGACUGAGAAGACUAUGCUGAUCGGCGACUCUGCGCACGCGAUGCCGCCACAGGGCGAAUCGACGGGCAUAGUAUUUGAAGAUGGGGUUUUGUUUGCGCGGUGUUUGGCGAAGUGGAUGGAGACUAGGCGACAGGAAGGUGUGCCGGUCAAAGAGGCGUUUGAAGCGUAUGAGAAGUUACGGCGAGCGAGGAUUGACACGGCGUUCGAUGAGAGUCAAAGCGUAGUCAAGACAGUGCAGGAUACGCCGUGGUGGGGACAUGUGAUCAAGAUGAACAUCGUACCUUGGUAUCUGUGGUGGACGAAGAGUUACCGGGAGCAACAUUUUGUCGAAGGGAUGUGA